AUGGUCAAAGUAGACGUCCGAAGGGACUAUUACGCUGAUCUAGGCCUCCAACCCAGCGCGGAGGCCGAAGACAUCAAGAAGCAAUUUCGCAAAUUGGCCUUAAAGUUUCAUCCUGAUCGAAAUCAGGGCCACGAGCAAGAAGUGAUCGCAAAGUUUCAGGCCAUACAAGCCGCCCAUGAAGUUCUCAGCGACUCCCAACAGCGACUCAAGUAUGAUACGGAGCGCCUGCGUGCAGGAUACGGCAAGCUCUACGGGCCAACCAAGAAUGCCGCUCGCAGCAAACCCCAGCCUAGUUAUCAAAAGACCUACUCUCCUACCCCUCCAAAACCACAAGCAACGAGCGCCUCUUCAAGUAAUAGACCGCAAGCGACUUCAAGUGGACCCUCGGCCGGUGCAGCUCGAUACGCUUCCCACGCUCGUGCAGGUCACGAGCAAUGGCAAAAACCGCAGGAUCAAUCGCAAACCAGGGCGGACGCUUACAAGGGGUUCCACAACAUGAGAGGUCAGAAUUGGCGAGGAUUCGAUCCCACGUCAGGUGCUACGCCUCGUCAACAGAACACGCCUUUUGGACAUCAAAAAGCCAAAUCCGCGUAUGAGUACUUCAAAGAAAGCGCCCAAGCCAAGAACGCAACCCAGAACACUGCGAACUCGCCCAGGAAGAGGAACGGUUAUGCGCCAGGAACCGCUGCCGGAGACGAGCCAAUGGCCGCGGGGACAAGUGCGUAUAAUAGUACUCGCAUUGACCGGCCCAGCUCCAUGUAUUUCGAUUCUGCGCCACCGCCAACAGCCAAAAAGCCAAUGAAACCGGUGGAUCCAAGCUGGCAGCCAGAGUCAGCGAGGGCGCCAUCCCCACCCUUGGCGCAGGAGUUCGAGCGUACAAGUCGCAGCUAUGCCUCUGUAGGCGGCGAGAAGACGUUCUUCGCGAGCCCCGGGUUGGGACGAUCAUCAACUACGCGCACACCUCCCGCCUCGCAACGAACCUCUGAUUUCCGCGACAAUCCUCUCGGCUCUGAUCGUAAUCAACAUGGAAGACAUCGGAGCGCAAGUCCGAAGGCAAGGUCGUACUCUUACUCAUCGACCUCGAGUGAAUUGGAUGACGAUACCACAGAGGAGGAUGUGAGACGGCCGAGUAGUUUCAAACCAAUGGCUGUUCCCAAAAGUCGUCUCAGAUCGGCCCGGACUUCGAACAUAAACCCAACGUCGAGUUCGAAUCUAGGAACUGGUGAGACAUAUUCGUCCCGGUCUGCCCACCAAGCUCGACGGUCUUCGUCAUCAACGCAGAGCCGACGUGCUCCCACGUAUAUCGAUUUGACCACUGAGAGCGACGAUCCCCAAGGCCACAAUUCAGAUAGCUCUGCUUUCGCAAAGGGCACUGCUACUUCCCAGCCGCAGAAUCUGAAUGAGAGCUCUGAUGCAAGCCAUAUGCAGCCGAAUCCCACGCCUUCAGGCCACACAGGUGCAAACAAUCUUCACAAGAAAUUCUCGGCCGAUGAUUGGCGCCAGCACCUCAGUGAGCUGAACUUUUUGGGUGCAAAACUGAAAGAACAAGCCGCACUCAAUAAGAAAUCUCCGUUGCACUCUAAUGGUCGGCCCCGAGCCAAUACCCGUGACAGCCCUAAGCAGUCUUCCACGGCGGCGGGUUUCGGAGUGGAUAGUACAGGUUCUACCGCGAAGGCGGGCUUUUUUGAAACCCAGCCACGGCAGAGCCCGACUCCGUUCGCUCAGCCGAGGUUCUUGGCGGAUAAAUGGUCGAAAGAUCUACACAAUAUCUCAUGGACGGCUGCAGAGAAAUCGGGACAGUCGGAUAGCGCAUCCUCGUCCCGUAGUCCCAACAAAUCGACAGGCAUGGGCAGCAAGGUCCGCAGCACUCCAAAGCCCGUCCAAGUGGCCAGUGACAUUGAAGAAGCUGCGCGGACAGUCAACUUCGACGGGCUUGGCCAAAAGGGCUCGCCCAUCCUAGUUGAUGAUGAGCCAAUGGACCUCGACGAAGUGGUGCCCAUACCCAGCACAUCAAACCUUGCGGAGCGCGCAGUCCGCCACUCAGGGUGCAACAGAAAAAGCACACCGCAAGGUGCACCGGGAGGCGUCACCUCGCAGCCCAUUUUCCGGUCUCCCCUGUUUGAUCUCGGCAAUUUCGGUAACACUGCCCCCUUCACCAGCACGAACAGCAGUGGCAUCGAAAAUUUGGGUGACGUGUCUGCCACCCUACCUUUCGAGUCACAAGCGAAAGUUCAAAGGACCACUACCGAGGACAUUCGCCCGCGAGCUCUUCAGCUACCGAAUCCACCCAAAAGGCCCAAGGUACCUACUCUAGUGCCAGCCGCGAUAGGCUCACAAAAGCUGGUUCUCUCGAGAGAUCAAUGGAACUACUACGUUUCUGCAAUGGGUACCUACCUGCACGAAUGGAAUCUCUUCAAUCGUCGCAUGCUUCUUCACUUCAACACACGUCAAGAUGCAGUCGAGACGGGUCUAGCACCUGGAUGGAUCAGUGCUGUCGGGGAUACAAUACGUCUGAGAAUCAACGAGGCUGAUAACGACAGCCAGCCCCAGCAGAGCACUACAGGUGACGAAUCAGGCCCCAUUGAGGCCGAUGAAUAUCUUGUGCCGGGUAGCGGCAAAGGUGGAUUCAGCGCAUACCUUCGCGGUAUCGAAGAAGAUAUUCUUGUGCGAAAGCACUGGGAGGUAGCCUGUGAGCUUCACCGUGAAUCCAUCGUGGAACUUGGCCGACUACGGGAAUGGAUUCGGAAAGGUGGUACUGUUGUGUGA